AAGCUUGAAAGCGGCCCAAAUUUUAAUUGUUCCACUGUCAAAUCCAUGCUUGCUGGUGUUGUUUCUUUCUGCAUGUUGAUCUUUGCUUUGUUGUAAAUCUUGCUCUGAAGGAUUCCAAUCCAUUCUGGUUCUUUCCCCAAAUGCAUUGUGAUUUCUGAAGCUGCUGUAAGGUGGAGUUGAGCCCGUGAUUCUUGUGAAGCUACUUGAGUGGAUUUGUUAGAGUUUAAAAUCCUACUGGAAAACUGUUAUUCCGGGAAAGCAUCAUUACCACUCAUUGGAUAGCAAUUUUGAUUAGGAUAAUCAUCUGCACAUACUCAAAUUUAAUUAUAAUUUGAUAAAAUUUAAUAUGAAUAAAUUAUUUAAGGUAAUGAGUUAUGUCUUUUUCAUCUUUUAAGUUUCCGACUUUUAAGACGCUUCUUGGCCCAACAGUGCUUAGCCCUUCUGUCUUCUUUGUUUCUCUUUUCAUUCUACAGAGAGAAUAGUUGGCCCAACGGUCAUCCAUUUUUCCUGCUCUCUCUAGUCGGCAUCAAUGCCCGCUCAGAAGAGGUUUCAGCCUGAUAAUCCCGACAACGAUGAGGAAGGAUGCUCUCUCUCCUCCUCUUCAAAACGGCCAACAAUAUUCUAAGCAAUCUCGCCUCUACCUACCUCCUCUUGAUGACCCCAAACUCCACCAACAACAAGAACUUGAGGAAGAAGAAGAAGACAGGUACCCCACAUGCCAUAAGAAGAAGAUGGAGAUGCUGAAGCAGAAUAAGACGAGGAACGAGAACAGCAAGCCGAAGAGAAGCAACCAGCGCAAUCUUUCCUCAGAUUCUUGGAAAGCCAAUCUUCCGGUGCCGGAGACGAAAGACUGGAUACAAGGGGAUUGGAGUUUGGCGAUUUCAAAAUUCUUUCUGUUCCAAGUGGAGGUUGCAUUUCGCGUCUCUACAUUGACUCCCUGUUUCGAGGAAGCUAUUUGUCUUUGUGGAGCUUCCAGACAUUUAUGAAGAUGUGCAAUGCCCAAGAUACCUAGGAAUUGGCUUUUCAUGAGGAGGAAAGGACACAGAACAAGCAUGUUCGUGCAUUUCUGUUUUAGUUCCCUGCAUGCAUUAUUGCAAGUUAUCUCUGUGGUUAGUUGAUAAAUAAGUACAUUAAAGAAAAGUGGGCAAUAAAUUAUAAAUUCAAUCAAACAGUCAUUGGAGAUAACAGAGAUGAUGUAUUUCAUUUGAGGCCAUGACCAUCAUGAUUGGAGAAAGCAUACACCAUCUGAAAAUUGCUCGAUGCUGUCUGUUGACCUUCUGCAUUAAUAUUCUUAACUCUGAGCUAAUGAACGUGUCUAUUUUGAAAGAGUUCCAAUUCAGAGGCUGAUCUGGGGGAGGUUGCCCCCUGCUGAGAGCUACCCUCCAGAGGUGGUGGCAAAAGCCUUUAUAAAUAAGUUUGUUAGGUAGCCCCUGCCUUGAAGUCACCCAGAUUCUUUGAGUUAAUUGCUGCUAUGCGGGGAAAACUAACGAGGCCUCCUCACUGGAUGGUUUGACUAUGGACAACCUGCUCUAGAUGCCGAUGGUCAGUGCCUUCCGUGUAAGUGUUCAUUGUUUUCUUCUAAUGAGGCUUGAAGCUUGCCCAUCAACCAGCACUAUCACAAUGAGAUUGAGCAGCUAAAGAAGAAGCAGAGUAGCGAGGUGAGCAAAUUCGAGGAGGUUAACACUGCAGACCUGUCUCUACUCCCUCCAGACUGGUCAAAGAUCGUGACAGCAUGAAGCUUCAGCUUGGGAUCUUGUAGCAGAACAAGAAUAAGCUGGAAAACAAAGUGGAGAAGAAAACCAAAAGUAAGGGCUACCUGGAGUCCAUUGUGACCAGACUGAGGAAUGAGUACUGGCUGAAGGCAGCUGAUCUCAAGAAGACUUGCCUGGAGAGGUUGAAGGAAGUGGAGGAGGUCAGCAUUGCCUUGGACGACUUGCAGGCACCCGGCAACACCAUAAUGGAGAUGAUGAUGAUGAUACUUCGCAUGCAUCAUUAGUUGUUUUAUGAAUUAUUUCAGUGAAGAUUUUUCUGUUUGAGCUACCUUAAAACAUAUUUCUUGAGUUCAAUUGAAAUGAUAGACCCAAUUAAACUUUAUAAA